UUUCUUGAUGUGAACCAUAACCAGGACGACGUUAUCGUAAGUCUGGAAUCAUGCAAAGUAGACAGGCAAAACAUAUGCUUUACAAGUGCUAAGAAAAUGCCUCAAUCAAAACGGAAGACGUCGAGGACUAUUACUGGCAGGAUAGCAGCGUCACAUUCGUCGCCGUCCGUCAAACAUGUCCCGAACCACUCGGAGGACCACACCAAUCACAACGACGGUAACGGCAACGGCAACGGCAACGGCAACGCCAGCGACAGUGACAACAACAAUGACAGUAACAAUGAAGCCCUCGGUUCUGGUUUGGCAACUUUUUUUGGCGACUUUUUUCCCUCUCAAAAAGAUGUGAAUGGCAGGCCCAUUGGAUUUUCUACCAAUCUCUCCCUGCUUCCAACCAAUACAGAAACCCAAGACGCCAACGAUCUCACCGACUCAAUGGUCGGGGUAAAAUAUAUCCACGGUGGCUUGACGCAUGAGCAAGGGAUAGCUUCCCAAAACAACUACGUGGCGAACUACGUGAAGCGGCGGUUGUGCCCCCUUUCGUUGCAACACGACGAAGAAUCAUCGUCGGAAUCGUCGUUUGAAGACGGCGGCGACGUUGGAGAAACAAUGGAGCCGGAGUCCCAACCUGUCAUGGAGACCCAAGAGCCAGUAGAUCUUUUUUCACCAUCCCGAGGAGACGUGACAAGUGCAAAGAAGCGGACGAGGAAGAGGAGACGACGGCCAAUUGUCCCGUCCAUCGAAGAUUGCCUGCACGACGUGACGAAGCUAAAGUAUAUAGACUUGUAUACUCGAACUCUGACUCUAAAUCUAUCUCGCAUUGACGGGAUCUGGAAGCUGCGAGACACCAAUCGAUCCGGGGCCUUUGCCAAUUCAAACAUCGCAAAACCCGCUUUUGAACUUUUUGGUACGACUUCUGGAACGCGGCGACCCAGCGACCAACUUCCACGAAAGUUUGCAUUUGAAUACGGCGAAGAAGAUGGCCCUCUUGCUACCAUCUACCAGCAGGUUUUUCAUUUGGAGCUGGAACAGCUCCAAAUAGAUCCAUCGAUAGGCGUUGGUGGCGUGAUUGGUGGUCCAAAUGAAAUGAACCAACCUCGUCAACAAAGAAUAAAAGUUUUUUUUUACAACUCCUAUGCUACGACUGUUUCGGAGUGGAUCAAGGCGCAACAACAAAAGGAAAAAGCAAAGCAAAAGGUAAACCACACCGAGGUUUUGAACACAAACGGUACCUCAGUUCCAUCUACCACCACGAGCACUACUAGUGCUUCGACCGGUAUCGCAAUGAGUUUGUCCAACGUUCCGGCCAUUUGUAUUUUCCCGCGCAACACCGAUCCAAGGAACUGGAGAGAACGACAAGAAGUGAUAGAUUAUUGCCUGUGCAUUGGUGAUCGAUCCACUGGACCCAACCAGAUUCGUUUCGAUUCCAACGAAAUGGAAAUUCGAUUGAUGCCAGUGAUCGGCGAAUUAGCAACAACCCGGACAACAACAGCAGCUGGCUGCACCAUCACAAAUGAUGCUCGAGAGUACCUAAAUGCCUCAUCCGAGUUGGUUCUAUCGAGACGUGCUCUUACUAAGGAGUUUCUGUCCAGUGACGACGGGACCACGGAUAGCAGAGAACGCGUGGCGCAAGAAGCGACAACCACCGGCGAGAUCACCAACCCGUUGCAAGAGAGCUGGGCUGUGUAUACGAAUCAUCGGAGCAUUAGGACUUGCACUAACAAAACUAACAACGGACUCGUCGUGCCGCAACCAGGGACCACUUUGACCGCUCCAGAAAACAUAGAGGCAGGCAUUGCCAGUCAACAUUUUUCUUCGCGUUCGGAGAACGAUCCUAACGAACCCUCGCUUGGCGAGCGAAACCAACGCCAGGAAGUGCCGCCUCGGUCUCAUUCUCCGCGACAUAAUAGAAAUGGCAACAGUGAAGGGGAACCAAUGAUAUUUAAAGGAAUAGCUCAACGAAUAUCGGACUCUCCACAUGUCUGUUACCCACCACUGGUGCGUCUCGUAUCUACAUUUUGAAAAUGCAAAUCAUGAUUGCAAGACAUGUUUCUCAUAAUUUCAACAUUCAUUGUUUGAUUCUAUAUGCAGGCCGAGUUUUUGGACACGGUCCGUUCGAGCAUGACUUCUGGCAGGGGUUGUAAUCUAAAGGUCAAUUUAUACGCUUCCAUUGUGGGCACUACCCCUCCCAAGAUGACGAAACGAGGAGACUGGAUGAUUUCGGCAAACCUGAUCGACGAGUCCCAUCAAACUCCACCAGUCACGAUAAAUAUUUUUUGCAAAGACAAAAAGUCGCUCCCCGAAUUGGUAUGGAUGGGAGACGUCAUUCGGAUUCACCGUGCGUCCGUAGAGGUACGAAUGCGUGGUUGCUAACAAGAUCAAAAACUCUUCUUUGCUGUGUUUCGAAUGUCUAAUCAUUUUCGUUUUGUUACUCGACAAAGGUAUGGAACGGAAAGAUACAGCUUACAGGGUUGAAGCCAACCCAGUACGUUGUAAUCCGAAAGAAUGGGUCCAACUGGGAAGCCCAUCCUACUGCCCUGCAUCAAUUCUCCUUCAGCGUAUCGGAUAUCAAUCGAUCACAAGCUCUCUGGCGUUGGGCAAGGGAGUGCUUGAAGGAACACCAAAGCAUUAAACCCGAGCACUGCUUUACCUUGUCAGAUUUACAAAAAGUGAAGAAAGAAGACGACGAAGCCACGUUUCGAAAUCGAGAUAUUACCGUCAUGGUUAUCGAAAAGCUUCGAUACAAGCCUUCCGAUGUCAAUCCCCAAGGAUUGCUCCGUGUUUGGGAUGGUACAGGAAAUCCACCAUCGGAUCCGUAAGUUAUGUUGCGAUAAUAGAUACUCUGAUCCUGAGAUUCAUGCGUAUGUGCGGACGAACGAACAAACGAACAUACAUGCAUGCACACGCUCGCAAACAAAAUGGCUUCGACUGCGUCCGCACUAAUAGACUUUGUUUGUCUCGUCACAACUUUUCCAAUCAUCAGUCUCUUUAAGCAAUCUCAAUUACUCACCCCGGAAUCCGAAAAGCAACGCGGAAAGGCAUACGCAAGAGCUCUCGAUCAAGUUAUUCGCACGUCGCAACAACUUCAGGCAUCCGUCGACAACAUGGGGGUACCGAUCUCACUUUGUGGUUGUUUUUCGAAUGUCGUGGUAUGGGAGAAAGCGCACUGGGAUCUCAUUGACCGGCACAUUCCUGUCGGCACAUUUCUCCGGUUGAGAAACGUCAUGAUUCCACAGGAAUGGCAAGAAAACCAGUCUCGAUGUGAGUAUUGGUUUCAGUUUUUGUGUUUUUGGAACAAAUGUUAUGAUACUUGUAUCUGUUUGUCUUGGCCGUCACGUGCUACUCUGUAUUCCUUUCAAUGGCUGCGCCCUUUCUCGUCGCUGAUUCUUUGCCCUAUGCCUCUCUGAUAAUGUUUUUGCUUUGUUCCUCUCCCGAUUUGCCGCGUCAGCCAUAUUCAUGUGCGACAAAAGCUGGAUGAUUGCCCUGCCGACCGACAAUUUCGAGGUGAGCUCCCUGCUCCGAGAGCACUAUUGGCGCGUUCGCGGCAGCGAAUCCAUGGACUACAACUGGGAAUUCAUCGGCGGCGGUACAUCGGUUCUUUCGCACCUUCCCGGCCCGGGCUUUGUCGGAAACGGUUUGUCCCGGUUCCAAAGCCAGGGCACGGCCGGCCCUGUGGUGGUUUUGUUUACGGGAGCCGUCCACGUGCACCUGUGUUCCGGCAAACCGAACGACGACGAGCGCCUUCGAAUGGCAACGGUGACCGACCGUUCCGGUACCGUCCGGGUGGCGCUUACGGAGCGCGUUCGCCGGUUCCUCUGGAGGGACAGCGGGGCCGAUGGCUCUCACGACCGGUGCCGACCGGACAACAGCGGCACCCAGGCUACCGCCCCGCGUUACCUGGUCACCAUUCGCAUGUUUGUCCUCGAUGGCGACGGCGGGGAAGUCGGAACGCGACGGUUCGUCCUCACAAACCUGGCACCUCUGGACUGAUCCUCCAGAUGCGUACGACAGGACGCUUCGUUCCAACACAACACAACACACGAACGACAGGGCGAGCCACACGCCUCGCAACGAACACAAAA